GAAACCUAAUCAUCGCCGGAGAGAUCAAUGGGAAGAGCGCCGUGCUGUGAGAAGGUCGGAAUGAAAAAGGGGCGGUGGACGGCUGAGGAAGACCAGAUUCUCUCAGACUACAUUCAGGCCAACGGCGAAGGCUCGUGGCGUUCUCUUCCCAAAAAUGCCGGGCUAAAGAGAUGUGGAAAGAGCUGUAGACUGAGAUGGAUAAACUAUUUGAGAUCAGACCUCAAGAGAGGAAACAUAACUCCCGAAGAAGAGGACCUCAUUGUUAAGUUGCAUUCCACUUUAGGUAACAGGUGGUCAAUAAUUGCAAACAAUCUCCCGGGAAGAACAGACAACGAAAUAAAAAACUAUUGGAAUUCUCAUCUCAGCCGUAAACUUCAUAGCUACUUCAGGAAACCAACUGUCAUUAAUGUCGUCGAGAAUGCUCCGAAGCGUAGACCCGGAAGAACCAGCAGAUCCGCCAUGAAACCCAAACGUAUCCCAAACCCUAGAAACCACCACAAAGACCCUAUUUCCUUGAAGGCAAACCACCAGAAAAACAAAAUCGUUCUGCCGACUACAACGAUAGAGAAUGGAGAGGGAGAGAAAGAAGAAGACGCAUUAAUGGCGUUGUCAAGUAGUAGCUUCGGUGGAGCCAAGGAACCUGGUUUAGGACCAUGUGGCUAUGGAGACGAUGGUUGUUGUAACCCAAGCAUUAAUGGGGACGAUGGAGUUUUGUGUAUCAAUGACGACAUCUUCGAUUCUUGUUUUUUAUUGAACGAGCCUGACGCUGUCCACGUGUCUUCAUCUGAGUCGAACAACGUAGAAAACGCUGAGCCGUACGGAAAGAGCUACGCUGGGAAUGAAAAUGUCGAACCGAUGGCUGACGACUGGGACUUUUGCUGGAGAGAAGGUCAAACCCUUUGGGACCAAAAAGAAGAUCUUGAUUCGGUUUUGUCGUGGUUGUUAACGGAAGAAGAAAAAGAAUCUGAGAUCAUAAGACAAAGGGACUCCAACGACUUUGGACAACCGUUGGAUCUUGACCAAGAAAACAAGAUGGCUGCUUGGCUUUUGUCUUGAAAGAUUUUACUAGACGUACGAACCGUAUUUACCCCAAAAAAAAUAAAUUAAAAAAAGGCAAGACAAAGAGGGUCGCUAUCUCACGUUUAUAAGUACGAUUUGGUCCAUAGUCACCAGUCACCAUUACAAUAAAUGGCUCACGUGAUGCCAUGCACUUUUGUCUCUUUAUUUAUUCCCUUU